CUCUCACUACCUUGCUGGCGUUGUACUGUCUCACGCAGUAUCGUCAAGCUAGGCUAGUAGCUAGCUAGCUUCAUAGCUAGUCUUCCGAUUUUGUAGCUGAGACGCACCGGCUCCAACAACAUUACGGUGCUGUACUGAGUCAUAACUCUCCCCCUACAUUUAAUUCAAAGAGCUGUAUCUAAUUGAAGGAACUCAAAUAUAGAUCUUCAAUAAACCAAUUGAAGAUGAUUAAGCUCUUUUCUCUGAAGCAGCAGAAGAAAGACGAGGAAUCUGCUGGAGGAAACAGAACAGGAGCCGGGGGUAAAAAAGCAAGCGCGGCCCAGCUUCGAAUACAGAAAGACAUCAAUGAGCUGAACCUUCCAAAGACAUGUGAGAUCGUCUUCCCCGACCAAGAUGAUUUGCUCAACUUCAAACUCAUCAUCUCACCAGACGAGGGCUUUUACAAAGGGGGAAAGUUUGUCUUCAGCUUUAAGGUAGGACAGGGCUACCCUCACGACCCCCCCAAGGUCAAGUGUGAGACGAUGGUGUACCACCCGAACAUUGACCUAGAGGGCAAUGUCUGCCUAAACAUCUUGAGAGAGGACUGGAAGCCUGUACUGACAGUAAACUCCAUCAUAUAUGGUCUACAGUAUCUAUUCCUAGAGCCAAAUCCAGAGGACCCGUUAAACAAAGAGGCGGCUGAGGUCCUGCAGACGAACCGACGGCUCUUUGAGCAGAACGUCCAGCGAUCGCUGCGUGGGGGCUACGUGGGCGCCACGUAUUUUGAGCGGUGUCUCAAAUAGCUCCCCGCCGAUGCCGCUUUUGGUUUUGUUUUUCGCCCCAAGACGCAUUACCGUUGACAACGCGCUGAGACACUGACUGACACACAGACUGGAGCGGAGCGGAGAGGAGGGUGGGGGGGCGAUGGGGACCGGGAGGGGAAUUAUGCUUUUUAUUUUAUUUUUGGGGGGGGGGGGUGUCUGAAGGAAAUAACAGGUCUGGACGGUCAGUAGAUGUUGCUUUGAGAAUCGGGACGGUAAAUGCCACUAGGCUGAUGCCCACUGUUGAUUUUUUUUUUGUGGAGAUAGACGCCAACUGAUCCACUUGCGGACAAGGACGGAAAAACACA